AUGGGCGGAAGUGAUCGGGAUGACUACGAAAAGGGGUUGCGCAUGUCUCAUUUCGAGAAGACAAUAUUCACGUUUUUAUAUACGAUGUGCAAAGAUGCCGAACAUUCAUCCAUCUUCGCAUACUUUAUGAUUGUUGUCGAGGACGUUCAAAUGAUUUCGUUCUCCUGGGAUCCCGAGGCGGUGUGGGGUCUGCCCAAUGUGGUUCGCGGCAUCAUGUACCCGCUGAAUUUUGUUGAGCAUAACUACAAGGUUCUGCAAGUCCUCUUCGGACUAUCGAUGUGUGUCAUCGCUCUUACGCAUCGGGGAGGAUUCCAGUGGAUCUGGCCCUUGAUCCUCCUCCGUGCACUGUCUACAGUCGUCGCCACUGCACUCUUCAUGCCGUUCAUGGAAAUCUUUGUCCUGACGACAGUGUGCGAGUCUAACAUCGAUGGUGGCGGCCACCACCUCAAAUACUUCCCCGACAACCGCUGCUUCACGCCGGAACAUCUCCCGAUUUUCAUCCUCUCGGUCGUCGGCCUUGCGUUUACCCUGCCGUUUGGAUUGUUCAUCAACUACAUCUAUGUGAUACCCAGACCUGAUAGCAAGAAUCCGGCGGCGAAGGCUCACGGAAUGCUUGACGUCCUUUACUUCGUUUUGAAGGUCGUCAUUGUGUUUGUGGACGUUCUUAUCGGCACACCCGGCAAGUUGGUCGUUCUGGUACUGGCCAACCUGACCCUCAUUAUGGCCUACUUGCAAUAUAUGCCCCACUUCAACAAGCACGUCAACAACAUGCGGGUCGCCCUCUUCAGCGUGUCCUUCCUGUCGUCCAUCGUUGCUCUAGCCGCAGCAGUCCAAGCGCAAGAAAACCACGCCGGACUCGCAUUUAUUUUCAUCUGCGUCCCGUUUGGACUAGCCGGGGGCUGGUAUGCUACAGAGUACACCCUGAAGAUGAAAACGGCUCGCACGAUGGCCAGAUUACAGAGGAAACUGCAAAUGAACGAAGCCGAGGAGAACAAGAUCGCUCUGGGUGCUCCAAGGAUCCGAGCAACCCGCCAAAACUCCAUCACCCAAAGCCUCCAUAGGGCUGAGAGCAGGGGUAUGAUGCGAACGGCCGGAGCUAAUAUUGACAAUCUGGAGAAAGGUAGUGGCAAACUGCGCCAUUCUGCCACCGCGCCGAAUAUAUCGGAUUACGACAAGAUCAAACAAUUCCGUCAGGGAGCGGAAUCAAUCGAGCAGCCUUAUGCGCCGAAAGACCCGAGUGACGUACUGUCGUUGGGUGGUAAGAAAGAUCCCAUCACCGACGCUGCUACUAUUUUACAAUACCAUGCCGCUGCGUCCCGUAAAGCCGAAUUGCCCCCGGUGGUGUUCAACGCGGCAACGGACGCCGAUAUCGUGUGCAGGUUCUUGCGUGAUUGCGAGAUCACGGACACCAGUCGCAAGAUUAUGGUCUUGGUGUUCGAAGAAGCCCUUUCCCAGUUUCCAACCAACGCCCAACUGUCGUUGAUGUACACCUAUUAUCUGGCGUGCUGGGGAGACGACGACGACGCAUGUCUCCUGCAAUUUGCUGCAACGAAUCGAUGCAAGCCUUCCCUCGCGGUCCGGUUCCGCAUCUUUAUGGAGAAGCAAGAUUUCGAGCAGCAUCGUGAUUCGGCUGACUUGUUGGCGUCGCAGAUGGAUGUUGCGUCCUAUGUAGAGUUCCAAUCCUUGGAGCGCCAAGCCAUGUCAUCCCAUCUGGCCUCGCUGACAUCGAUGAAAUCGUUCUGGGCAGCCUUGCGGGCGGAUGCAAAGCAGGUCCGCAAUCUAGGACGGAUUCUCAGCUUGAUGCACAAGUCGCAAAGUGAAGCGUCAUACGCGUACGAGAAGCUCAUAAAGCGAUACCCGAAAUCGAAGCAGAUUUUGCGUUUGUACGCAAAGUAUCUGAUCACAAUCGGAAACAGCUCCGAGCGCGGCGCACAGCUCUUGGAUAUGGCCGAGGAAAUCGAAUCGCGUGAAGCGCAGGAUUCCGAGAAGCCGUUUAGGAACCGGAGCCCCGAACCCGAGCCGGAACCGUCGUCGUUCACACGAGGAGAUGAUUUGGCAAGUUUGGAAUCCGGGACCGUCCCGAGGAAAAAGAUGGUAUCCGCUCUGCGAAUGGAAUCGAUAAUGUCGGAAGCGAGCUCGACUGGCUUUGGCACUACCGGGGACGACAAGCCGCCGGAGGAGAAGCGCAAAUCCACCGUGUUGGCAACGACACUGUUCCGCAUGCCUUCCGAGACUGCGAAAGACGUCGCGGCCUCCACCCGCAAAUCCCAGGCGUCGUCUAUGGAUUCAGGCAAAGCCAUGAGAAAGCAGCGGAGCAUGCAGGGGCGCUUGACGGAUACGCUCAUCACGAGAGUGCUGCAGGUUUCCGUGUAUGUGCGGGCCUGCUGCCUUGUGCUGCUUGGACUUUUAAUUGCAAAUCACACGGUGUCUACCACGCUUUUCAAAGCUCCGGAAUCGUUUUUGAAUACAUUGGAGGAUGCCACCAGGGCACGAAGGGGUGCAAUGCUUGCUGCUCAGGAGAUUCGUUUGAUGACAUAUUACGGCCACAAAGCCCCCGACGCCGCCGUUUGGCAGUUCCAUCAUGACAAACUCUCCGGGGAAGCCGGGCGCUUUAAGACUCUGAUUCUGCCCAUCCUCUUCGCCACCGCAAAAGAGGAACCCACGUACCCAAUCAUCCGAGCGAAGAGCGGGGGUUUCAACGCACCAAAGGACGUGUUGAUGCACAAUGUUUAUACUUUGGGGACUUUGAUGGCGGAGAGUAUGGGACGAUUGCUUUCGUUACCGAAUUCAUGGUGGACGACUGCGUCUUCCAUUGAGGAUGUUGAUGUGAGGAUGUGGUUGGAUAAUGCUUUGAAGAUCGGAGACGCAUUCGACUCGGCAGCCCGCGCCGGCCUCACCUCCUACCUGGAACAAUCGUCCGGCCGGAAUAUCCUCAUCAUCGCCUUGAUGGUGGUCGCAAUAGCAGUUAUCGCAGUGACUGCCGCGCUGAUCCAUCUCACUCUCCGCCAAGCAGGGUUGAAACAAAUUAUCGUUCUCAAGGCGUUGGCGCGGUUACCUGCAAAAGACCAGCGCCGGAUCUCAGAUAUGCUGGAUGAAGAAGUAGAGGACCUGUCAGAGUACAUUGCUGAUGGCACGGUAAAGGAUGUUAACCUUGGAAAGGGCAAGGAUGAUAAGCGUGUGAGCGAUAUUCUACAAACGAGGCUCAUCUACAGCGGGUCGCUGCUCCUGCUGGCUACAUUUGCUAUGAUGCUCUUCGUUCCACCAUUGAUCUUCCUGCAUUCGUCUGACACGACUGCAAAGCUUAUCAUGUACUCCAACAACAGACGGUAUACAUACCAGGUCAUCGGAUACUUGUCCAACGAGUUGCCAGCAUACGACAACAUCACUUGGGCGCCGUAUGGUGUGCAGCAUGAGCUAACUUGGAGGAUAUUCCAGCUUCAGCGGCAACACGACGUCCUCAUGCAUGGGAAUGCAGAAGUGCCUUCCACCAAUGAUAUCCCUGAGCUGGCAACGGUGUGCAGAACGGGUCCCAUUUGCCUGGUAAAUUCAGGUUGUGACGGUCGACAAUACAACGAAACGAUCGGAUUCAACGAAGAACUGGUGUUUUCUGGGAUCGACAACAUCUUAGAUGUUUAUGUUGACCACGCCAAGCAAUUCACGUCGGCGUCGUACUUCUCAUAUGACAAUCCAGAUCUCUUCUUUUUAAAUCAUCUGGAAGAUGACCUGGCAGACGGGCUAAGUAAGGUCGAUGCGGUCCUUCUAGAGACCGCCCAAACUGAAAGUCACCAGCUCGUGACUGUUGAGAACAUUCUUCUCUCUGUCGCGUUGGUCUACUUCAUCGGGUUCUACUACAUUACGUUCAAGUGGAUCAUUCAUACGGCGAAGAUUCAGCUAAGCCAGCUAGCAACGCUGAUUUUCUGGAUUCCGCCCGAGAUAGGAGCGGCUUCGCCCGAGAUUUCAAAGAUGCUUCUAACAGGGACGGUAGAGGCAUCUGAGGAUUGA